GCCGCCCCUCCUGUAAUGCAGUCGUAAGUUUAACGGGAACAUCCUGUACGCCGCUCACGUACCUAUAUAGAUGCCGACGCGCUCUUUCAGAUCUCCAAUCUCAUGAUGGCCACGCAUCUGGUACAUUCGAUUGUUCCUCGACAGUGACUACGCAAGUCAUACAACUUGUGCGAACAACUUUCGACAAACUUUUUUUUUUCCCCCCCGAUGAUAUGAAAAUAUUCUGACUCGAAAAGAGAAGCAGCGACAAUUCGACACGAGGUUUCCGUUCAGUAAACAAAGAUGCGGUACUUCACGACGACGCGAUUAAAAAUUCUCUAUUUUCUGAUACUAAACGAGCUGCUGAAUUUGGCCCUCGCCCUGCCGGGCACCUCUAAAAUCUACAGGAACGGCGAAUCGCUGGCCAGCAAAACCACCCUGCAGGCCGAGCCGACCUGCGAGGAGCUCAAAGCCAUGUGGAGGUUUUCCAAGAGACAAUCCAGGGCCGCCGAAAUCACCAAUGAAAUACCGAUGUACAGGGAUCCGUUUAGAGAAAACAUUUGGGUUCACCCGUAUUACGCCACAUCCAGGAGCAUGGGAGGGCAGAAGAUAGGCCGCUACAGAGACCAGCCGAUAUUCGGGAGGAUCGUCCACAAUCCGCCGAACUGGAGGAAACAGAACGCCGCUGAUAGAUACAAGGCGUUCCAGGAAAUCGCCCAUUUGUACGGAAUGCCCAUGCCAGCCGAGCCCCGAAGGAAACUCACGACCUUCCGCCUGCCCGGUGGAAGAAUUCGUACGGUGGGUAUCCCGCCGGUACAAGGAAGCUUCCAGCACCUCAAAGAAUUAAUUAAGACCGAAAGAGCCCGGGAAUUGGAGCAACAAAGGGCGGCUGAGGAGGCGGCUGCCAGAGCGGCUGCACUCAAAGAUUUGGCUACCAGAGGGAAAACCAGAACGCAAGCCUACGUGACCGACGAUUACGGCUAUCUGUCCGACGAGCCGGAUUAUGGGACAGUCGAGGAGAACACUCCGCGGCCGGGCCUGCUGGCUUUCCCCGAUCCAGCCGCGAGGCCGGUCGCAUACAAAAUGAUGCCGGACUACGCGUACACGCGCGCGGCCGGAGCGGGCAGGUCCAGGGCGAUUUUCGAUAAUUCUUUUACCGAUGGUUACAGCGGUUAUCUACCGUAAGAAACAAAAAUUUAAAAAAAAAAUGUUAGCUUAGAUUGAUGUUGUUAAACCACCCUAAUCACAUGCUAUAGCAAAGCCUCCACGUCAUACGGAAAUAAAUGUCUUUCAGAAGCUUACUAGAGGAAGAAUUAUCCGUUACCAUAUCGUUAACUAAAUCAUAAAGAAAAAAAAAUUAUUUAUGGUAGUUCUUAGACUGACUAAACAGAUGUCGAUCAAUUCUUUGUCAGUGAGACCGUAGUUAAAAUAAAAAUGAAAGAAAUAUAUUUAGUCCAUAUAUACAUAGAGCGUUCUGUUUCUCGUGAACUGAUCAGUAGUUUUCCUUUUAAGGAGGAGGAAAAUCACUCUCGCAAGUGCCAGAUUCAAGCAUGUAAUGUACUUCUGUAAUGAUACUUCUUCGACGAAAGGUAUAAUGUAUGAAAAAUUCAGGCAAAUCGAAUCGUAUCUGUAUCGGUUCACCCUUGAUGUCGAUUAUACACGUGACUGAACAAAGAAAAUCAUUAAGUCUGGCAUAUAUAUAUAUAUAUAUACAUAUGACUCGCGGAUGCGGCGAUCCGAUGACGAGCACAUUUUAUCUGGGUUAUUUUAGAAAAUUCGGAGGCUGGGCUUAGUUUCUAUUCUAAUCGACGCGACGAACGGACGAAAUUUGCUCUCACCGCCAUCGCAUCCGUUUAGCUUGUAAAAUAAAAAAAAAAACAAACUCUUGCACAAUCAUAUCGAGUAGUACUUUUUUGGACGCGCUAAUCCCCCCGUAAUGAUAGUAAAUAUUCUUACAUAAUCUAUCUUCUCUAGCUUCCAUCACAGGAAAGCGUCUGCAGCAACUCGUUUCUCGAAUAAUAAAAGUCUAAUUCAUAGCUGAUUUAGCGUUCGAAGUGUUAACAUGGUUACACUGUCAUAUCAUAAAACAGGGCGACUUUUACUAGCUCGGUAAUAAAAAUCUUGUUGAACACUCUCAAGGAACGGCAUUAGAGUCAAUUAGAGUUCGAUUUCGAAUAAAAAGCGCGGCUUUGAAGAUUUCGAAAAGUUUUAUAGACAAUAUCAAAAGCAUACCGAAUUUAAAUAUCAUUUCUAAUACUAAAUGUUGACUUAAUUAGAACAUUAUUAACCAACUAUGAGUAAAAAUAACGCGCUUUUAAACUUCCUUCCAGCGAUUUCCAAUAUUUAAUUAAGGAUAGGUAAUUUAGAGAGUAUCCAUAAAUCAAUUAAAAGUAUACAACUUCUAAUAAUACAGUACAUUUGAACCAAUUCAAUUAAUCUACUUAGUUGACUACAUGAAAUAAUUUCAUUAAAGAAUUUAUCAUAAUUAUUAUCGAAAAGGCCCAAAUAUACCUAAUAUCAUUUAACUAACUCAUUAUUUAAAACACAAUAGUUUUAUUAAUUGCAGAUAAAACAUCAUCAUACAUAUCAUCCGAAUUUCUUUUUGCUUUACGUAGAUAAUUCCUGAGAAUAUUUUUUUUCUAAGAAUAGUAACUACAUUGAAGCAUACAUAUCAUCACAACUAGCUUGUCAAAUAUUAAUUGUAACAAAACCCGACUCAGGUCUAAUCAAAAUUUGAAACCAUAUCACAGACUGAACGUAAAUGCUAAACGGAAAUUAUUUUUCGAUUAAUAUUCAACUACCGAAACAAGAGAUAUUUUAAUAGUUAGAAAACACCUGAAACUAAACGAUAAGAUUUUCAAUAGACAGGCGCGAUUAUCGCGAGUUUAAAGUUGAAUAUUAUAAAUGAAAUAUUUCAAAAUCUCAGUUGGAAUGUCUUAUUGUACAAUGAAGAUUACGAGAUUCAAUAGCUGGGUAAAAAGGUAAAAAAUUGGGAAAAUGGCUUCUAUAUCGAUUAGAUUAUUCUAAUAUAAUGUAUUUAAUUAAACGGCUAUAGUCGAAUGAAACUGCCCAUUUACAUUUAAAAUGAGUCAACUAUCGUACGUAUAAUAAUAUGUUUCAGAUCAGUUCAAUCAAUCAAUUUUACUAUAGAUUAAGAUGAAAACAAAUGGACAAUAUCUAAUAUCUAAAAUUUUUAUAAUGCAACAGAAACACGAACGAAACAUUGCACAAGAAUAUGAAUUUUAUAUACACAUAAGAGUAGGUAAACAUUAAAUUCGCAUCGCAAGGAAUUUAGGAAUAUACUUAUCACUGAAAGCAGGUAUUAGCAGAAAUUUUAUCUGAGAAACUUCUAAAAAAAAAUCCCUUUUCAUUAUCCUCUAAUUUCUAGACGGUCUUAAGAGCUCAUCUUCAAUAAUUGCACUAACUUUAAUGGCAUUCGGGAUUAUUCCUACCUAAUGCGCCUAAGCCUAUAAACCUGCUUUGCUUUUGGCGAGCUCUCCUUCAUUUUACUCAUCAACAACAACAAUCUACUUACAAGUUUUUCAGUGAAGCUGAAGCUCGAGUGGAAUCACACUAAAUUCCUGCACUCGUUUCGCGCGAGCAACGCGAAUUUGUACCUACUCAGAGUAAAACAGGAAAAAAAAUGUUCAAAUACGAAAUAAUAAAAUUUGUGAUUCUAGAGAGACAAUUUCGAUAUUUAUCUACGUUAAAAUGGCACAUUAAAUUUUAUAAAAAAUAUGUAUACAAACUAAAUAGGGGUUAGUAAACAAAAUGUACGUAUUAUUACGUAGUAUAGCGCUUAUUGUAAACCAAGUCUUCCUAAUUAUAAAAGAAAUACCAAAAAUAUAAAAAGGUUUAAAAGUUGGACUUAAUCAUUUUUUUAAUUGUACGAAUACAACCAUUAUUAAUAUUAUUAUUGUAUUAAGUGUAAUAAUAGUGGUGGUAUCGCGUUAACAAGACCUUUUUAUUUUAAUUAAACAACAAAUUUAUUGGAAACUGUCAAAACUUCGAGCUCCAGAGAGGUAAAUUAUGUCAAAGUUUCUAACCGAACUAAAUUUAAUCAACAUCUUGUUAGAAUUGAUGAAAUAAUAGACUUGGUACUUGGAAAAUAGGUGAAAACAGCAUACUUUACCUCUGAUAUAUGCUAAUUAGUGUAGCAUUUUUUUUACUUCUGACCUGGUAGAAUAUAGAUGUGAUGAUCUGACAAUAAAUAAAUUAUUCUAAUAUGUGUACUUACCUAAAUAAAUGUUAACUAUACAUGUUGUAUUUUCACAAAAUUUUGGAAAAUUUACCAGCGCUUGGGAAGAUUAUAAAAUAUACCUACGUAGAAAUGAGAACCACAUUCCAUGCUAAUAUUUUUAUAAAAUGCUGUUGACUAAUUUCCACCAACAAAAUGUUUCUCUAACUUAGGAUUAUUUUAUUGUGUAAUACGUUAUGUGAAAUUUCAGUAAAUGUUGCUUAUAUUCAAAAAUUCAUAGGGAUGUUAUCAAUGUUUUAUGGACUUUUGCAGCUAUGUAUUUAGAAAGAAAUGACUUAGAUGUAGCAGAAACUUAUUGUCUACGUCCUGAUAUCUAUAUUGUAUGUAAACAAGAUGUCCUCACAUUCAAAAAUCCUCCUUAAAUGGAUUGAAAACACGUUUUCAAAAUAAAAAUUGACUGGCACUCGAACAGUCUUUUGAUUGAUAUAUGGACUUAGGCAUAAACAAGAUCUAAGGAGUGGUACCUGAAGAAAAUACUAAGAGUAUAUUAGAAAAAUAUAUUUUUAAAUGGAUGAAAAUAGAUUAUAUGACUCGAUGUUACACCUUGCAACAUAUGUAACCAAUAAUAUAUUGAUGUUAAAUAAAUGAAUAAAUGAAAUAUAGUUUUAUUUUAUAUUUUCUUCAUGUAUUGUUGAUAAGCGAGUAGAAUAAUCCCAGUGCUGGCCAAUAACAUCAACUGCAUUAUGACAAUAAAACGUUUAUACUAAAUAAGAACCAAUAUCAAUAUUGGUAUUUACGUUGCAUUUACAGCGGCCAAAUUGUAAGGGCCCAAUGUUGGCUGAUGUAAAUGAUAAUAAAUUAAAAUCGUGUUAAUUAGCAUUUCUCUAUAGGGUGUGUAUAAAAUAUCGUUUAAUCUAAUGCAAAUGUUGCGAAAGCGAAGUCUCUUUCGCGGUUAAUUCCAAUUGAAAUUUGCCAUAGAAAUUUGGAAUUUGAAAUACAAAAAAGUGUAUAAGAGAUAUUUUGAAGUGUCCAUAAGCGAGGAAAUGUUACAAAUGCUUCAAUAACUUUUAUACACAAAACACAAAAUUUCAGUGUGAUAACAACCCGUUUUAUAUCCAUCUUACAUACCUAUUAAAAAAUAAACUUUGAAUUAAGCUUCGCUUUGUCAAUUUUUAAUACUUAAUGUUCAUUAAUAAUUGAAUCUAAGUCAUAAAAUUAAUUGCCCGUGCUUCCUAUAAUACCCUAAUCACUGUAUUAAUUUUUCCUCUUUCUCUGUGAUGUUAAGAAACUAAUCGACAAUAUCAAACUCCUUAUGGAAUGCAACUGUAGAAUGUAUUUUGUAUGUGUAAUAUAUUUCUAUGUAAUUAUAUUUACUGUUUAUUAUCUUAGUAAAUUGGC